UCCUGCUUAGUGCUGCACACAUCAUAUCCAGCCUUGCCUUUUCAAUCAGAAAAAAUAACAUUUACAUCACUAAAAUAUAAAUCAACCCAUAAUAAUCCUCAAAUGCUACGAUUCAAAUUCUGCUGCUACUGCAUUGAACUGCGCAAGGGAUGCAUACUCAUCGCCUGCCUGGACUUUGUGAUAAAUGUAAUCGUGGCCACCAUAGGCGCACAUAGAGACUACGUCAGUAGGAUCGAGCAGGCGGUGGCUAUUUGCCACUGCAUUGGCUGUGUCUUCCUGAUCGGCGGUGCUUUGCUCAAAUCAUCCGUUCUGCUGAUCUUCUUCCUCAUUACCAGCCUCACCAACUAUGUCAUCUUGAUCGCCUACGUCAUCUAUAUUAUCUCCGAAUGGCAAAAGGAGGCGGCCUUUAUAGUGCCUUCCGUUCUGGGGUAUACAUCUAUUGGCAUAUACUUUUGGUUCAUCGUCUUCUCCCAUUACAGAAACGUUAACAACGAAACCCUAACGACUGAUGUCUGAGCUACAAAUAUUAGCACUUAAAUCAAAACUGAGUAGCAAUUAAAAUUCCCAGUGUUUCCAA